GCACUAGUGAAACCAGCAGAAUGAGCAAAUUAUGGUAGAUUUCGGUUAUGAUUAAAAAGUACGCAAAAACAAACUACCAAAACCCAAUCUGGCCUACAAUCAACACAACAGUAUGGCAACUUCAACACGGCCGGAUAAAGAACAGGGUGUUUUCAGAUGUAUCAGUGAUGAACAUGGCAACAGAGAAAGACAAGAGACCCCUGUGAGGCUUCCCCUUUCCAGAAAGCUGUGUUAUGCAGUAGGUGGUGUACCAUAUCAGAUGACCAACAUUGCUAUGGGUUUUUCUCUACAGAUCUUUCUGUUAGAUGUAGUGCAGAUAGAGGCUUUUUCUGUAUCUUUGAUUCUGUUCAUCAGUCAUGCCUGGGAUGCCGUGACUGAUCCCAUUGUUGGCUAUCUAGUGAGCAGCAGUAGCUGGACCCAAAUCGGCAGACUCCUUCCAUGGACUGUGCUGUCAAUGCCAUUGGCUAUUCUCGCUUACAUCUUCCUUUGGUUCAUCCCCCACAAUGCCAUGAGCUCAGCGUUCAGCGUGUCCUGGUACCUAACCAUCAGCUGUCUUUUCGAGACCUUCAUGAGUUGCUACAGUGUUCCAUAUACAUCCCUCAACAUGUUUCUGGGAGGAGAUCAGCAAGACAGAGACUCUGCCACAGCUUACAGGAUGAGUGUGGAGGCGUUUGCUAUGCUGAUGGCGGCUGUGAUUCAGGGUCAGGUGCUGUGGGUGUAUAACAAAGACAGAGAUCAAGCUUGUCUGAACGUGGACCAAACACCGGAUCUCCCACACAGCACAGCGCUGCGCGAAACUAGAACAGCCUUUAUGAUAUCAGCACUGGUCAUGAGCGCUCUCUUCUUUGUUUGUUGUAUGGUGCUGUUCCUGGGGGUCAAAGAACAAAGAGGGCCUCUCAGUGGUCAGAGUCACAUGAACACUACAUACCUGAACGCUGUGAAGAAGCUGAUUGGCCAUGCGUCAUACCAGCAUCUGGUCCUGGGCUUCCUCUUCUCCACUUUAGCUUUUCAGAUGUCUUUGGGGAACUUCACAUUGUUUUGCACUCAUGUUGCUGGUUUAGGAGCUCAGUUCCAGUAUCUCAUGUUAGCUAUACUGGUGUCUGCUACCAUAUCAGUGCCAAUGUGGCAGAUGAUCCUUGUGCGGCUGGGCAAGAAAACUGCUCUUUUUAUAGGUCUACCUCUCCUCAUACCAGCACUGGUGGUCCUAGUUUCCAUGUCAGAGAAUUUUGCGACGUACAUGGUCAUGUGUGUUUUGGCUGGAUCUAGUUUAGCAGCACUGUUCUUGUUACCAUGGUCAAUGCUGCCAGAUGUAGUGGAUGAGUUUGCUGUUCAGAACCCGUCCUGCAAAGGCCUGGAGCCCCUGUUUUUUUCCUGCUCAAGGUUUUGCAACAAGCUUGGAGGAGGUCUGUCUGCUGCCAUCUCCACUAUGACACUACACUUCACAGGAUAUAAAGCAGGUGCAUGUAGUCACGCGGAUGGAGUCGUCUUGGCACUGAAAUUACUUCUGGCUCCCAUUCCAAUCACCUUUUUGCUGGUGGGUUUAGUGUUUUUCUAUCUGUAUCCAAUCAACGAAGCACGUCGGAAAAAGAUUCAACAAGAUCUCGAAAACACAAGGUCUAACACUGCCAGUUUAGAAGAGGAAAAUGUUCCCAUAUUUCAACAAAUCUAUGACUCUAGUCAAAGUUUUAUUGUUAAAUCAAAGGCUAGAACAAUAUCUCAUCUUAAUGCCUGUCAGCCUUCUCAAAAACACUGCAACACAAGUGCUGAUUCACAUGUCAGGAUGUCGGGUGCCAAGUCAGCAAUCCAAUUUCAUAAAUCAAAAACUUACCCAACAUCACCAAAGCAAUAUAAAUCAAGUGUGAAACUUAAUGAAUCAAGAUUGAGUAAAAUACAUGAACGUGCACUUAAGUGUCAAGACAUUCCAGAUGAGAGGUCAAAAGUUACAUGGGUGUAGAUGUUUAAAACUGCAGAGUUUGCCAUCAAUGCAUUAAGUACUUCACAAGCAAAUAUGUCUGUAUGGAAAUGCACAGUUAACUCCCUAA